GUCCGUUCCCUCGGCUGGUUCGCGGCGCCUAAGGGACGGGAAUUGGACGGGAAUUCCUCGGGAACCCCCUGUGCUCUGCGGGAAAAUUGACAGCGUAGUUCUUGACAUAUUUUUGUUGCUCUUUUGCUUUCUCGUGGUUACUGGGAAUGGAAGUGUAGAUUUAGAUAGCUUGUUCUCGCGUGCGUGCGUCUUUCGCCAGAGCAAGAUGUGACAGGCUGUAUUUUUUUCCGAAAUACGAAGGUGCGUGUGGGUUGUGCCUUCGGCCUUCGGGGUGCGGUGAACGACCGAGCAUGAGCCAUCGAUGUCGGAUAGGGAUCGGGACGGAUUAGCCAAGCAGAGAGAGGGCGUCCUGUCCUGUUCCGUCCCAAGGAGCUCCGACGACCUUGACCCUCGUGGCAGGACCCGGCGGCGAUGGCCAAGUAUGGUGCCAAGAGGCGCCCCCUCUCCUGUGAGAUGAACCUGAGCGUGAUUCAGGAGGAGGGCCUCGACAGCCUACGGCAGCAGGGGCCGGCGAGAGGCCACCCGAGGCUCGAGAAGAGGAGGAGCUUGAGCGUGACCAACGACUUUAUGCUCAAGUGGAACGAGGUCGCCAGCGAAGGCGAGGACGAGCAGGGUCACGACGGCGGCGCGGGAGAGGAGGAGCCGGAACGGGGCGAGGAGUCCUGGGACGGCGCUGCGGGGCUCGCGCAACUCCCCUUCGUCGACCGGCAGGCAACGGCAGAUGACGGCGGGGACCUAUCCGAAGGAGGGCUUUCGGAAGGCGAGACGCUGAGCUCCGACGAGUGCGAUGGCGCCGACCUCGGGGGCAGCGCGGGCUCUGAACCCCCGCUGAGAAGUAACGCGGAGCCGUUCGCCGUCUCGCAGCGGCGGGAGAGCGCCCCGGAGCACACGGGCCUCGUGCCUCUCUUGAGGACCAUGUCGAAGACGUCCCUGGACAACUUCGAGAUCGACAGCGUGGGCCGCGUCGUGGUCUCGCGGGCGAGGGCGGGCCGAGCCCAGAGCGCGGACCUGAGCGCCCAGAAGAAGGGCCGACGGAGCCCGGGCGUGCUCUCGGCCUUGUGGAAGCGCACGUCCAACAUCAUGAAGCGCGGGUUCCAGGAGGUGGACCUCGCCGCGUCGCUGGAGUUCGCCGAGACGUCGUCGCUCUUCGACAGACGCAGCUCGUACACGUCGCAGGAGUCGCUGCCGGGGGCCUACAGGCUCUCCGUCGACAACGAGAGCAGUCCUUUCCCUGUGUCCCGUCGUGGCGUCAACGGCCUCCGGCAGUGCGAUUCCCUUGAAAAUGUUUGCGAUUCUUCACAUGAAGACCAGAUAGAGAAUGGACUUGGUCUGGCCGCGCAACCAGCUGCCGCCAACGCCAUCUCGCUGCCCCACAUCCACCACCUGUCGGAUUAUGACGACGACACCGCAGGCCACGACACCAACACUGAAAACGACCAGGAGAACGACCUCGCCAAAUCCACGUCUGGGAAGCCGAGACAAGGGAAGCAAGGGAACAAGAGGUCCGAUAAAAGCAAGAAGACCAAGUUAAAGCGACGACGAGCCUACUACAGAUCACAGAAAGAUGGCCGCAGCAAAAGCCUAACCCACAUCGACACUCUGGGCGAAUCUGGGAUGCUGCUGCCAGGUGACGAGAUGGGUGGGCGUGCCGGAGAGCCGCCCACGGACAAGCUGGGCGUGCCCGACCCCCACUCGGUACGCCGCCGGAAGCUCUCGCUCGCCAAUAAGCGUGAAUAUGAGAGCAAAUAUGCUAUCUCGCCACCUCGGGAUCUCCACAAUACAGAGCCUGAAGGGAUGUUGGCUGAGUCGAGAGAACCUUGUGUCAGGAAAAGCUCAUGUCGGGAGAAGCAUGAGAGGAACAAAAUGAACUUCCCCAUCAAUAGAACCUCACCUCAAGAGAACCCCAUGGAACGUCACGCUCAAAGAGCCUCGCGCAGGAGGAGCCGGACGCCCUUCGCCCUCCGCGCCCAAGGAAUCCGACGUCACGAGAACCUGGCUUCCUGCCGGGGGUUCACGCCGCCGUCGGGCGCUCGAGGCAGGAUAGGGACGCCCUCGCCUUGGGUUCCGCGUGGAGGGGCGCCGCUCCCGUUGGCAGGAUCAUGGUAUUGA